UUAUUCUAACAAUUAGAUAGUGGGAUGGAGGUCAAAUUUCACAGACUGGACUUUAGACUUGGGACUAGAGGCCUAAUUAACUCAAUAGCCCAAUAAAUUUUCUCUUGGAAUUUUUUUUUUCUCCUUGGAUUUUCUUUAAAACCCUACGAAACUUCUCUUUCUUUAUUACCACUGACUCUUAGACCAAUUGCCCUCCAUCGCCACGACAUUCGCUGGUCAUGGACUCAUGGUAUAAUGUUGUUAACCAAAGAAGUUAUGGGCUUUUGCGCACAAUAUUUUUAGACCAAUGUUUUACUAAGCUGAAGAGUAUUGAAACUUGAAAGAUGAUCAACUCCUAAAACCAAAGAAAAAAAAAAAAAAAAAAUUUCGGACCAGACUCAAGAGGUGAAUACUUCUAUUCAGAUUUAUGUGCAUGCAUGCAUAUAUAGUUUGUACUAUUUUAUUUUUAGAAAGGAAAAAAAAUCUGUGAACGGGAAGACUACAAGUCUUAAUUAAUUAAGGAUCACCACAUAUGACCUUUUCUUCGAACUCCAGAUUUAAACAUUCCUCAAACAUUUCUCUCUCAUUGUCUUUUAAUUCUCUUUAUUUCUCUUCUUGUUACUUUCUUCUCAUUCUUUUGACGAAAUACAAACCCUAUAAUUAGAUUCUCUUUUUCCUCCCCAUUUCUUUUUCUUUUUGCCCCUCUGUUUCAUGAAGUAUUUUUUUGCUGUAUCCUCGUUGACCUCAGUUGCAUAACCAUCUCCAGUAAAUCAAAUCCAACGGUAGAGAUUUUACUAGGAUAUAUCCAAAUUAAAUCAGAGAACAGUAGAGAUCAGAAAAACAAAGAUGGUUUUGAAAGAUGAGGAGAAAGCUGGAGAGUCUUCAGAAGACCCAAAGGGGCAAGGGUUAAGCAGGAAAAACAGCCAUAGCUCUAUGUGUCCGACAGAUGAUGAUGAAGAAGAAGAAGAUAAGAAACUUGAACUUGGUCCCAUGAUUGCUCUUAAAGAACAGCUCGAGAAAGACAAGGAUGAUGAAAGCUUGAGGAGAUGGAAGGAGCAACUUCUAGGCAGCGUGGAUCUUGAGGAGGUCGGAGAAACUCCGGAUCCGGCGGUAAAGAUACUGACCUUAACAAUUAGGUCACCGGAUAGAGAAGACAUGGUAUUAACUAUACCUGAAAACGGAAAACCGACUUCGAAAGGACCAUGGUUCACUCUCAAAGAAGGCUCUAAGUACACUCUCAUAUUUACUUUCCGUGUCACCAACAACAUUGUGUCCGGGCUCCGGUACAGCAAUACAGUUUGGAAGACCGGAAUCAAGGUGUAUAGUAGGAAGGAGAUGUUAGGAACGUUUAGUCCACAGGCGGAACCGUACAAUCAUGUCAUGUUUGAAGAGACGGCGCCCUCUGGUCUGCUUGUUAGAGGCUCCUAUUCUGUUAAAUCUAAGUUCGUCGAUGACGAUGAUAAGUGCUACUUGGAGAACAACUACACCUUCGACAUUCGCAAGAAUUGGCUGUGAUCCAUCACAAAAUUGACUUGAAGAAGAGAAAAAUAUAUAUAGUAUUCAUUAUUGUUUCUCAAUUUAAAAUUUUCAUAAUUUAAAUUUGUUCAUAUAGUUAUUCGCCUAACUUUUUUUUGGAUGAUUGUUCAUCUCACUUGAUAUAGACUAUGCUUGUUUGUUUUUCUGUAAGUUACUAUUUUCGGAUUAUAUUCUAUUUUUCAAACUAGCUAGAUUUAGAUUUUGUUACCGCAAAUAUUUAUAUUUAACAUAUCGUUGGAAAUAAAAAAGAUUGAAGAGCGCAUUUAAGGAAAUUGUACACUUCAGAACAAUGAAUGCCUCA